UCCCGAUUUAUCCUGAUAAUCCGACAGGUAGACACUCUACGAUGUCGACGACGGCUAAAGUAACCUUUUUGGCGGCUUGUGUUGCUAGCGGCGGUCUGAUUGCUUACGUGCACUACAGCCAGGCUGCGGACCGCGAGAGACUGCACGAGGGCGUGCGUAGGGAUGUUGAACGCCAGCGAUUAAAAGGUCUCGUGGUGUCCGGCACCGGUAGCAGCACUGGUGGUGAUACGAGUGCAAUCAGUUCAGCAGCCGGAUCAGGCGGCAGUGCACUGCAACGAUAGCAUUGGCCGGGGGCUGUGCCGCAUCAGGUGUAACAUAGGUAGAAUUAUUUUAGAAUCAGUUAGGGCCAAAAAGGACUUUUCGCUUUACGCUUGUGUAUUUGGACGUAAUUCAAUUACCAGCACAUUACAUUCAACUAAAAAAAUCCACUCUAACUAUUCCGAAACGAAUUA